AUGGAACGAGUUCAUCCACAAGACAGCAUGGAAUUGAUACAUCUACAAGAAACCACUGAACUGGAUCGUCUGCGAUAUAGCAAGGAACGCGUUCGUAUAAAGAUGGAUCGGAACGUGUUCCUCUACAAGACAACACGAAACGGGUACAUCUACAAGACAGUACAGGAGGCACGGAACGCGUUCGUCUACAAGACAGCACAGAACAAGUUCAUCUACAAGACAGCACGGAACGGGUCCGUCUACAAGACCGCACAUAACGGGUCCGUCUACAAGACAGCACAUAACGGGUUCGUCUACAAGAUCGCACGGAACGGGUUAGUCUCCAAGACAGCACAGAAAGGGUUCGUCUACAAGACAGCAUGGAACGGUUUCAUCUACAAGACAGCACGGAACGGGUUCGUCUAUAAAAGAACAAGGAACGGGUUCGUCUACAAGACAGCCCAGAACGGGUCCGUUUACAAGACAGAACGGACAACACAGAACGGGUUCGUCUACAAUACAGCACGGAACGGGUUCAUCUACAACACAGAACGGAACGUGUCCGUCUACAAGACAGCACGGAACGAGUUCAUCUUCAAGACAACACUGAACGGGUUCAUCUACAAGACAGCACGGAUCGGGUUCGUCUACAUAACAGCACGGAACUUGCUACGUCUACAAGACAACACGGAACGGGUUCAUUUACAAGUCAGCAAGGAACGGGUUCAUCUAAAAGACAGCACAGAAAGGGUUGGUUUAGAAGAUAGCACAAAACGGGUUCGUCUACAAGAGAGGAAGGAACGAGUCCGUCUGCAAGACAGCACGGAACGGGGUCGUCUACUAGAAAGCAUAGAACAGGUUCAUCUACAGCAGAACAAGGAAUGGGUUCGUCUACAAGACAGCACAGAACGGGUUUAUCUACAAGACAGCACGGGUCGGGUUCGUCUACAUGCUAGCUCGGAACGUGUUCAUCUACAAGACAGCACAGAACGGCUUCGUCUACAAGACAGCAUAGAACGGCUUCAUCUACAAAACAGCACGGAUCGGGUUCAUCUACAAGACCGCACAGAACGGCUUCGUCUGCAAGAGUGUACGGAACGGGUCUGUCUACUAGACAGCACGGAAACGGGUUCGUCUACAAGAGUGUACGCAACGGGUCUGUCUACAAGACAGAACAGAACGGGUUCAUCUAAAAGACAGCACCGAAAGGAACAAGGAACGGGUUCCGUCCACAAGACAACACGGAACGGGCUCAUAUACAAGACAUCACGGAACGGUUCCGUCUACAUGAGAGCAUGGACCGGGUCAUCUAAAGAGAACAAGGAACGGGUUCGCCUACAAGACAGCACAGAACCGGUUCGACUACAAGACAGCACGGAACGGGACAGCAUGAAAUGGGUUCAUCAACAAGACAGCACGGAACAGGUUCGUCUACAUGACAGAACGGAACGGGUCCGUCUACAAGACAGCACUGAACUGGUUCAUCUACAAGACAGCACAGAACGGUUUCGUCUACAAGAGAACAAGCAAAGUGUGCGUCUAAAAGACAAGCAUGGAACGGGUUCAUCUACAAGACAGCACAGAACGCGUUCGUCUACAAGAGAACAAGUGACGUGUUCGUCUACAAUACAGCAUGGAACGGCUUCAUCUACAAGACAGAACAGAACUGGUCCAUUCUACAAGACAGCACAGAAGGGGUUUAUCUACAAGACAGCACUGAACGGGUUCGUCUACAAGACUGUACGUAACGGGUCCGUCUACAAGACAGCACAGAACGGGUUCAUCUACAAGAGAAUAAGGAAUGGGUUCGUCUACAAGAUGUCACGGUACGGGUUCGUCUACACGACAGCAUGCAACGGGUUCAUCUCCAAGAGAGCACAAAAUAGACUACAUUCUUCCCUCUUUUUUUAUAUUCUAAACCUUCUUUCUUUGUUUCUUUAUCUAUCUAUCUAUCUAUCUAUCUAUCUAUCUAUCUAUCUAUCUAUCUAUCUAUCUCAGUCUAUUCCUAUCUAUCUAUCUAUCUAUCUAUCUCAGCUUGUUCAUUAUCUAUCUAUCUAUCUAUUUAUCUAUCUAUCUCAGCUUGUUCGUAUCUAUCUAUCUAUCUAUCUAUCUAUCUAUCUAUCUAUCUAUCUAUCUAUCUAUCUCAAUCGUUCUAUUUAUCUAUCUAUCAUCUAUCUAUCUAUCUCAUCUAUCUUGUUCUAUAUCUAUCUAUCUAUCUAUCUAUCUAUCUAUCUAUCUAUCAUCUAUCUAUCUCAACGUUCGUAUCUAUUAGUAUCUAUAUUAUCUAUCUAUUUGUUUUUUUGUCUAUUUCUAUCUACAUCCAUCUCAGCUUGUUCGUUUCUUUAUCUUCAUUUUCUUUCUAUCUAUUUCUUUCUAUCUUUGUCUGUUUAUUCUAUUAGUAGUAUAUUAAUAUUAUUUGUCUUUUUAAUCCUGCUUUUUUUUUUUCCCUUUGUUUAUUUGUUUGUUUGUUCUUUCUUUCUUUCUUUCUUUCUUUCUUUCUUUCUUUCUUUCGUUCGUUCGUUCUUCGAAAAGCAAAAUUUUGAAGCAAUUUUUUUCAUAUCUAUGUUCUUUCUUUCUUUUUUUUUUUUUUUUUACUUUUUUCUUUCUGCUUUUUCUGACAUCCAAACAUUUUUCUUUCUUUUUUUUUUUUUUUUUCUUUUUUUUCUUUCUUUCUUUCUUUCUUUCUUUCGUUCGUUCGUUCUUCGAAAAGCAAAAUUUUGGUAUAUCUAUGUUCUUCUUUAA